AUGACAAUUAAUAAAAUAAGAAUAUAUUUAGAUUAUAAUGAAGAUGAAGAAUUAUUAUUUAGAGAAAAUUUAAAUAAAUUUUUAGCAAAAGUACCAUUAGGAUCAAAUAUUAAUAUUGGUGCUCAUGAGUUAAUAUGGAUGGAAAAUUAUGAAUCAGAUUUGAUUAUUUUUAUUUCAUUAUUUUCUUUAACAAAUGUGAAAGAAGUUUUUUGA